UUCGUGCUAUUAAAAAGCAUUGGCUUCUGUCAGUUGCUUCAUUCAGCAACAAUGACCGACCAGUGUCUGACUGACGAGCUCUGCGAUGCUUGUGCCGUUGGAAAUCUACCCAAAGUUUUUUCUUUGCUGCAAAGUGGAGCAGAAGUCAAUGGAUUAAAUACAUUUAACAAAACUGCUCUCCAGGUGGUGAAGCUGAGCAGCACCGCCGUGGUCCAAACUCUUAUCGAUGGGGGGGCGAGCCCUGACGUGCGCGACCCGGACAGCGGUCGCACCGUGACCCAUGACGCUGCGCGUGAAGGGUCUCUGUAUACCGUGCGCGUGCUGAUGCGUGCAGAGGCGAACGUGAACCUCGUGGACGACCAGGGCAACCUGCCGCUGCACCUGGCCUCCAGGGGGGGCCAUCUGCAGGUGGUGCAGCUGCUGAUCCCACGCACCGCGUACCCCCGCGCGACAAACGGCCUGGGAUACACCGCCGCGCAGCUCGCGCACUUCCACCGCAGGGUGGACACCGCCAAAUACAUCGACAAGUAUCUGAGCGCAAGUGAGUCGACCUGAUAUCAGAACAUUUUGAUUUCAAGAUGUCUUGAAGGUGGCACUGGUACAUUG